AUGCUGCCUCAGCUCUGCGCGCGGCGGGUUGCUGCUGCUGCUUCGGCGCUGCUGCUGCAGCAGCCGACUGCAGCAGCAGCAGCAGCAGCAGCAGCGAAAAGAGCAGCAGCAGCAGCAUCAGCUGAAACGGCUGCAGCACUUUGGAAGACAAAACGGCAGCAGCUGGGGGCCCCCGCGUGGGGGGCCCCCAGCAGCAGCUUCUUCAUGGCCCCCCUCUGCAGCAGCGAUGCGUACGCGCAGCUGCAGCAGCAACUGCAGCAGCAACUGCAGCAGCAGCAGCAGCAACUGCAGCAGCAACUGCAGCAGCAGCAGCAAUCUGGUUGGCCUGAGAAGCAGGGUAUCUCCAGCUGUCUGCAGGCGCUGCAGCAGCAGCCACUGCCCCAGCAGCAAACAGUGGCCCUGUGGCGUCCCCGCCUAUGCGAGCAGCAACAGCAGCAACAGCAGCAGCAGCAGCAGCAGCAGCAGCAGCAGCAGCAAGGUCUGCUGCUGCGCCGCGACAGAGGGGGCAAAAUGAAAACAAAAAUGAGAAGAAUAGAAAGAAGAAGAAGAAGAGCGGAGGCCCUCAAAAGGCGCCUGGGGGCCCUGGGGGCCCCCCAGGGCCCCACAAUGAACCCUAUAAAGCAGCCCCUGGGGGCCCCUGGGGGCCCCCCGGGGGGCCCCCCGGGGGGCCCCCCGGGGGCCCCCGGGGGCCCCCAGGGGGCCCCGGGGGCCCCUAAGGGCCCCCGAAAGCUGGGCGAUGUAUUUAUUAUUCAUUAG